AUGAGUUUUGCUCUACCCUCUUCAAAAUUACCAUUAGUAUAUAGACAUCCAUAAUAAGGUUUUGUCAAUACAUUACCCUAUAUUGAUGGUGAAUUAGACAACAAAACUUAAACUAUAGUAUUGAAUCUUAUAUAUUAAAAACAAGGUCGAUCGUAUGAUUCAAUAAGAAAUGUAAAAUAUGGAUCCUCAGGAUUAUUUACAUGAUUUGCCUAUGCCAUAAACUAAAUUAACAGAUUUAUUGAAAUCAGAAAUUGAAAGAGUUUAAUAACCAAUAUCUAAAAUUGAUUUUGAAUAGAAAUCAAAUAUCAAUUAAGAAUUUUAAUCAACUCAUGAAAUUCAAGAAGCCAAUUAGUAGUUAAAUGUACUUAAUCAAUAUUCAUAAAUUAAGUAAAUUGAUAAUCAUAUAUUCUUUAAGCAUAAUUAAUUCUGAAUUACUUAAUAAAUAUGGUAAAGAAUCAUGGUCAUUAUUAUUAAAAUCAUAAGAAAAUGAGAAGAAUAGAUUAUCUAAUGAAAUUGUGGAUUAAUAGUAAGAAUUGAAUCAUAUAAAUGCAUAACGAAAAUACGAAUAGGUAACAUUGACUUUAUAUCAAGAAUGAAGUCAAAUAUAAAUUGGAUAGUUUAAAAAAUAAGGUUUAAGAUGUUUUGAAAAAUAAUUGUUAAUUGGAAGUUGUAUGUGGAGAAUUAGAAUAAGAAAUAUAUGACAAGUAAAGAAAAUAAUUAAAAUUGAAUUGA